AUGCACCGUUGCACCAACAAUUCUCCCGCUUUCCACCACCCCGCCCAAUUCUCCCUCUUUCCAUCACCCCUCCCCAUUCUCCCUCUUUCCAUCACCCCGCCCCAUUCUCCCGCUUUCCAUCACCCCGCCCCAUUCUCCCUCUUUCCAUCACUCCGCCCCAUUCUCCCUCUUUCCAUUGCCCCGCUCCAUUCUCCUGCUUUCCAUCACCCCGCCCCAUUUUCCCUCUUUCCAUCACCUCGCCCCAUUCUCCCGCUUUCUAUCACCCCGCCCCAUUCUCCCGCUUUCCAUCACCCGGCUCCAUUCUCCCGCUGUCCAUCACCCCGCCCGAUUCUCCCGCUUUCCAUCACCCCUCUCCAUUCUCCCUCUUUCCAUCUCCACGCCCCAUUCUCCCUCUUUCAAUCACCCCGUCCCAUUCUCCCUCUUUCCGUCACCCCGCCCCAUUCUCCCUGUCCCCAUCACCUCGCCCCAUUCUCCCUCUUUCCAUCACCCCGCCCCAUUCUCCCGCUUUCCAUCACCCCGCCCCAUUCUCCAGCUUUUUAUCACCCCGCCCCAUUCUCCCGAUUUCCAUCACCCCGCCCCAUUCUCCCACUUUCCAUCACCCCGCCCCGUUCUCCCGCUUUCUAUCACCCCGCCCCGUUCUACCGAUUUCCAUCACACCGGCCCAUUCUCCCCUCUUUCCAUCACCCCGCCCCAUCCUCCCGCAUUCCAUCAUCCCGCCCCAUUCUCCCGCUUUCCAUCACCCCGUCUCGUUCUCUCGCUUUCGAUCACCCCGCCCCAUUCUCCCGCUUUCCAUCACCCCGCCCGCUCCAUUCUCCCGCUUUCAAUCACCCCGCCCAAUUCUCCCUCAUUCCAUCACCCCUCCCCAUUCUCCCUCUUUCCAUCACCCCGCCCCAUUCUCCCUCUUUCCAUCACCCCGCCCCAUUCUCCCGCCUUUCAUCACCCCGCCCUAUUCUCCCGCUUUCCAUCACCCCGCCCAAUUCUCCCGCUUUCCAUCACCCCGCCCCAUUCUCCCGCCUUCCAUCACCCCACCCCAUUCUCCCUCUUUCAAUCACCCUGCCCCAUUAUCCUGCUUUCCAUCACCCCGCCCCAUUCUCCCUCUAUCCAUCACCCCGCCCAAUUCUCCCACUUUCCAUCACCCCGUCCCAUUCUCCCGUUUUCUAUCACCCUGCCCCAUUCUCUCGCUCUCCAUCACCCCGCCUUAUUCUCCCGCUUUCCAUCACCCCGCCCCAUUCUCCCGAUUUCCAUCACCCCGCCCCAUUCUCCCGCUUUCGAUGA